AUGGAUUUAGGAGAUAUGAAUUUAUCCUACAUAAAGAUAAUAGUUGAAAAUGAGACAGUGUCUGAGUCAGCUAGUCAGCUUCCCAAGUUCCAGGACGGAGCUCUUACCCUGUACCAGUCCAAUGCCUUUCUGACACACCCGGGCCUCUGCCCUGCACUGUUCCGAAAGGACCAGAGAUCGGUGGCCCUGGUGGACGUGGUGAAUGACGGCAUCAAGGAUCUACGCAGCAAAUAUGUCAUCCUCAUCUAUACCAGCUACGAAGCAUGCAAGGAGGAGUGUGUGAAGCCACCACCUGGGCACCUGAAGUCUUUUGGGACCCUACUGUCCCAGAACCAGCCCUCCUUCGUGGACUACAACCUGCUGGACUUGCUGCUGAUUCACCAGGUUCUGGCGCCCGGCUGCCUGCACUCCUUACCCCUGCUCUUGGCCUAG